AUGGCGGGCCGCCCGAAGCCCUGGGAGACAGCAGCCCCGACCAGCAGCGACACCGGGCUCGCCGCGCGGGGCGCUGGUCUGGCCAAGCCGUGGGAGGCACCCGCAGCUCCACAGCCCUCCGUCGCUUCCCAGCCGCAGCCGGCGCGUCCGUGGGAGCGCAACGGCUCUGCUGGGGCCGGGCCGUCGGUCGCGUCGGACGCCGUGACGCAGCGCGGCGCGCAGACCGGAUCCCUGCCUGACCAGUCGGCGCCGAUCGCCGCGGCCGGACCGUACAGCACGGCGGGGGGGGUGUCGGGCCUGUAUGGGUCCUCGUAUGGACUAGGGGGGGGGUAUGGCGGCGCGUACAACAGCAGCUACGGCGGGAUGUACGGCGGGUACAACCGCAUGGGGUACGGGUCGUACGGCGGCGGCUACGGCGGCCUCGGCGGCUACGGCGGCUACGGCGGUUACGGCAGCGGUUACGGCAGCGGUUACGGCGGCUACGGCAUGGGGACGGGCAUGGGCAUGGGGAUGGGCAUGGGUCUCGGCGGCAUGGGCCCCGGAAUGGGGCCGAUGGACCCGAACGACCCCAUGGCACCCGCGCAACCACCGCCAGCGUGGCAGCACGCACUCAGAGCGCUCCACGGCGUCGUGUCCUUUUUCGGGCGGAUUUCGUUCCUCGUGGACGAGAACACGCAGGCGAUUCACUUUUUCAUCACCGCGCUGCUGCAGCUGCUGGACCGCUGCGGCUCGCUCUACUCGGAGCUCGCCCGCUUCGUCCUGCGCCUGCUCGGCUUCCGCACGCCCGCGCGCAAGGCGCCGCCCGCGCCGCAAGCGCAACAGCAGCAGCACGCGGCACCAGGCGCCUCCGUGGCGCCGCGCUGA